AUGGAACCAAGGAACAAUACACAAAUAUCAAAAUUUCUUCUUCUGGGACUUUCAGAGGAACUAGAACUACAGCCCCUCAUAUUUGGGCUUUUUCUUUCCAUGUACCUGAUCACUGUGUUUGGAAACCUGCUCAUCAUCCUGGCCGUCAUUUCAGACUUCCAGCUCCACACUGCUAUGUAUUUCUUCCUCUCCAACCUGUCCUUUGUAGACAUCUGUUUCACUUCCACCACUGUCCCAAAGAUGCUGUGGAACAUGCAGACUGAGAGCAAAGUUAUAACCUAUGAAGGCUGCAUUAUCCAGCUGUAUAUGUAUUUAAUCUUUAUUGGAUUAGAUGACUUUCUCCUGGCUGUGAUGGCCUAUGACCGGUAUGUGGCCAUCUGUCACCCUUUGCACUACAUAGUCAUCAUGAACCCCCGGCUCUGUGGACUGCUUGUUCUGGUGUCCUGGAUCACAAGUGCCCUGAAUUCCUUGUUACACAGCUUAAUGCUGUUGCAAUUAUCCUUCUGCUCAAACUUGGAAAUCCCCCACUUUUUCUGUGAAAUCAAACAGCUGAUCCAACUUGCCUGUUCUGACACCUUUCUCAAUAAUAUGGUGCUGUAUUUUGGAGCUGGGCUUCUAGUUGGUGGUCCACUGGCUGGUAUUCUUUACUCUUACUCUAAGAUAAUGUCCUGCAUAUAUGGAAUCUCAUCAGAUCAGGGGAAGUAUAAAGCAUUUUCCACCUGUGCAUCUCACCUCUUAGUUGUCUCCUUAUUUUAUUUUACUGGCUUAGGAGUGUACCUUAGCUCUGCAGCUACCUAUAGCUCACACUCAAGCACAACAGCCUCUGUGAUGUACACUGUGGUCACACCCAUGCUGAACCCCUUCAUUUUUAGUCUGAGAAAUAAAGCCAUAAAGAGGGCUCUAAGAAGAUUCUUUGGGAUGGAAACUUUUAUAAAAAGGCCAUUUGUCCUGGGGCUGAAGAAAUGCACAUGA